AUGUGGCCUACGCUGCUGCUGCUGGUGGCCCUGGGUGUGCUGGCUCUGGGGCGGGUGGCCCACAAGCUGCUGGCCCCGUCCGGCAACCCCUUCGCUGGACCACCCCUGGAGCCCCCCCGGCCGCUGGUGACGGACCAACGUGCCCGGGACAGGGUCCUGAAGCGGGGGUUCAGCCCCCAGCGGGUGCCGGAGCAGCUGGACGCCGUGGUCAUCGGCAGUGGCGUGGGGGGGCUGGCAGUGGCUGCCACGCUGGCCAAGGUGGGCCAGCGAGUGCUGGUGCUAGAGCAGCAUGACCAGGCCGGCGGGUGCUGCCACACCUUCCAGAAGCACGGCAUCGAGUUUGAUGUUGGCAUCCACUACGUGGGGCAGCUGCAUGAGGGCAGCCUCCUGCGCGUGGCACUGGACCAGCUGACGGAUGGGCAGCUCUGCUGGCAGCGCCUGCCUGACCCCUAUGACGAGGUGACCCUAGGACCCCGACGCUACCAGCUGCGCGCCGGCAAGGUGGCCUUUGUCACUGCACUGGAGGAGCAGUUCCCCACAGAGAAGACAGCCAUCAGGGAGUUCAUGAAGAUCUCCAAGGUGGCCUCACGUCACGUGGCACUAUUGGCUGUGCUGAAACUGGCGCCACACUGGGUGGCUGCCCUCCUGCUCCGCUCCGGCCUCCUGUCCCUCCUGUCCCCUGUGUUCCGCCUGGCCACCACCAGCCACAGCCAGGCUGUGGCCCGGCUCACCUCCGACCCCGACCUGCGCGCCCUCCUCGGCUACCUCUUCUAUGGCACGGCCCCGCGGGACUCCAGCUUUCUGGCCAACGUGCUGAUGGUUCAUCACUACCAACGGGGGGCCUGGUACCCGCGGGGGGGGGCCAGCGAGAUCGCCUUCCACAUCGUACCCGUCAUCGAGAGCGCGGGGGGCGCCGUGCUGGUGCGCGCCCCCGUCACACGCGUCCUCGUCAGCCCCGCCGGCACCGCCCUGGGGGUGGCGGUGCGGACAGGGUCAGGUGAGGAGGAGCUGGAAAUCCGCGCGCCCCUCGUCAUCUCCGACGCUGGGAUCUUCAACACCUUCGGCAAACUGCUGCCCCCCCAGAUCCGCAGCCACCCCGGUGUUCUCUCCCGCCUGGCCAUGGUGCGGCCGAGCAUGGGCUCCUUCCUGGUGUUCGUGGGGCUGCGGGGCAGUGCAGCCGAGCUGGGCCUGCCCCCCACCAACUUCUGGCUCUACCCCCACAACGACCUGGACACCAUGAUGACCCACUACGCUGCCCUGAACCGUGAUGAUGUCCCUGAAAACCUGGCCAUGAUGUUCAUCACCUUCCCCGCUGCCAAGGACCCCACCUAUGAGCAGCGGCACCCAGGCCGGUCGUGCAUGACCAUCCUGACCAUGGCACGGUACGAGUGGUUCGAGGAGUGGGCCGGGAGCCUCCCCAGGCACCGUGGUCCCAACUACGAGCAGUACAAGAUGUCCAUUGCCCAGCAGCUGCUGGAGAGGGCCCUGCUCCGCUUCCCCCACCUGAGGGACAAGGUGGAGUUCGUGGAGGCAGCUUCACCGCUCACCAACCAGCACUACCUGGCGGCCCCGCAUGGGGCAAUGUACGGCGCUGAGCACAACCUGGAACGCUUCUGUCCUGCUGUGAUGGCCACCCUGAGAGCUGACACCCCUGUGAGGAACCUCUACCUGACAGGGCAGGAUGUGUUCUCCUGCGGGCUGGCGGGGGCCGUGCAUGGGGGGCUGCUCUGCGCCUCGGCUGUCCUGGGACGCCUGCUUUACCUGGACCUGCUGCUCCUCAAGAGGAAGAUCAAGCGGUGCCAGGACCGGCAUACGGCGUGAAGGGGAUACCGGCUGUGGGGACAAUGGAUGCGGGGAUACCUGUCCUAGGGAAUGGCCCUGGGUUGGCAGCUUGCUCCCAGCUCAGUAAACCCUUGAUGUCCCACUGGCCUGUGCCUGUCUCUGGGAAUGGGGUUGGGAAUGGGAUAGAAUAGA